AUGUGUGGUGGUGAUAGUAGGGCUUUGUUCGUUAUGGAGGAUGAAGCCGCCGCCGACACCACCGACGCGGCCGGUGGUGCCCAGAGUGCUGACCAAGCCAAGGAGAGCACCUCCACUGGGGAAUCAGCAGAGCAAACGGCGGCACCUACAGGGCACCCCGGGGCUAGCCCCAUGGGGCCGCGUUUGAAUAUGCCGAGGAAAUUCGAGAGGCGUCAUAAACUGUCUGUUCGUACUGAGAGGUGGUAUGAUGACAGUGUUAGCUUCACGAGAGGCACUUCGUUUGCGGUACGGAAUUUCCAACAUCGAAGUCUGAUGGAAUCACUAUGCAAUCGGCGGCCUGUUCCAACGCCUGAUGUUGUUAACCGCGAUAAAACGAGGAGAUAUGUGAUCGAGCGGGUCGAGGAUAGCAAACUACAGCUGGACCCUGAGGUCUUCGAGGAUUGGCCUCAUCUGAGAUCCCAUGACACUCCAGUUAUGCUUCGUCCCGCAGUGGAGGAGACUGGCCUUGCGCAAGACUUCACUGAAGAAAUUACCAUUGGCGUGAUGCUCACUGGUGCAUGGGGCCCCGCGUCAGGUAUACAUAAUGUCGUCUUGGGAGUGAACGACCAUCUUGAACAAAGAUUCAAGAAGUAUCGUCUGCUGGGCUUCAUGGACGGCCCGAGCGGGUUCGCUAGUGGGAACUUCCUUGAGCUGAAUGCGAUGCCAAACUUGAGUAGUUAUGCUAAUCAAGGUGGAUCAGAUCUAUUACGUUACGGUAGCCUCCGUGCCAUGGAUGAGGGCGACUUCAAAGAGAUACAUGCGCUUUGCCGCGAAUACGGUCUGCAUGGGCUCGUCGUUGCUGGCGGCCCAGCCGAAAUUUCCCAUGUAUCGCAGCUCGUGUGUUAUUUCGAAUCGGUCCCGGAGGCUGAGAGGGUGUCGAUAAUUUCGGUCUACGUGCCCAAAUGGCUGCCCAUUACUCUCGGUUUCGAUUCAGCGAUGACGGUCAGCUGUGAAUUUGCUGGCAACUUGGCAAUGGAUGGUCUCUCAUCUGGAAGGCAUAUCGAUUAUCAUUUCAUUCGGUGUGGUUCGAGUACAGCGACACUGGAGGUGGCCCUUCAAGUGCGGCCGACUUAUACGAUUCUAGCUGAGGACUUGACUCAGUGUGGUCCCGAUGGACGCGUGAAAACUCUGAGAAGUUUGGUUAAGACUGUUGCCAAUUUGAUGAUAACACGUUACCAAAUGCACCGACUCCGAAGCGGCACGAUUCUCAUAUCUGAUGGAUUUUAUGAUUUCCUACCGCACUUCGCCGAACUCGAGCGUGAAUGCCGUCAACUUCAACAGAAUUGUUCGGAUAUCGACAAGCCGCCCUCAAUCGAGGAUGCUCUCCGACUUUUAUCUCCACCGUGUUUGGACCUCUUCGUACAGCUGCCAAGGUCUGACCAGGAUCGUCUCGUGAAGGCCUACGAUAAGGAAGGGAAGCCGAUAGAGGUGGGGACCGAACCAGAAAGGCUACUUGCUAUGCUCGUGAUGGAAUAUAUACGUGUUAUGAACGAGGGUAUUCACAGACGAAAUGCAGCUAAAGAUAUAUGUGGCGGAAAUUCUGGGCCGGGCUCACAAGGAGGCAGCUCGCUAGCUGGCACUGAGAGCUAUGAUGAGGAUUCUAUUCAAGAUAUGGAGGAGGAAUUCCCCACACCGUGUUUGAGAGUGCACUAUCUCGGCCAAGAAGCACGGUGCCCUCUUCCGAGCAAAUUCGAUUGCCAAUUUGGAUGGGCAUUAGGCCAGGCUGCAGCAGCGUUGGCAAUAGCACCGAGGGGAAGGUAUAACGGCUACGUGGCAGUUGUGACAGAUUUGCUCGAAGACACUUCUAAGUGGGGUAUCGGCGGGAUUCCGCUAGCUCCCCUCCUCCGAAAGCAAAAAGAUCCGGAAUUGAUCCCUAUACCGGCAAUCGCUGAAAACAAGGAAGCAGUUUAUCGGGCUAAUCAGAAACUGAAGAGAGAGGCUAAAGUCCUGCUGGUGUCCAAAAGGGAGAUUUGUACUAGAGAUGAUCAUGUGAUGAACAUCUACAACAGAUUGAGAAUUGGCGACAUAUAUAAUUACAAGACUAGAAGCAUUGCCCUGUGUACCCCCGGGAACGCCAACACGGAAAACAUUCUUUCACAUAACUUCUCGCAGUGGCCUUCUCGCAGGUGCGAUGUGUCGGCGGUGAGCAUCGGCGCUCAGCGAGGAGGGGAAGUGCCAGGGGAGUUCGCCGCGGCAGGGAAUGGUCAUUCAUCACCGCAUUUCUCGCAAAGCAGAAAGAUUCGCUCUCAAACUGUCGCGGUGGCAGAUUUGGAUGUCACAUUCCCUACUGAAAAAAUAAUCACAUCUGUGAAGGAAGAGCAAAACGAAGGCGAUGAAGCGGAGCUCAGGAGUUUCCCAGGCUACAUUAUGAAAAUUUACACAAAAUUCGAGAUAUUCCACACCACUACUUUACGUAUCGGUAUCGUAUUCUUGGGUCGUCAGUCACCUGGAUGCCACAACAUAGUUUGGGGGCUCAAGUCGUAUGUGGAUGCUCAGCCUGGAGGUCAACUCAUUGGCAUCGCCCUAGGGGCUUUGGGAUUCGUGAAAGGGUAUACUGUGAAUUUGGACUCGGAUCAGUUGCUUUCGCUGUAUCGUAACCAAUCAGGACUAGACCUCCUGGGAAGAACUGAUCUCACUUUAAGAACUACCGAAGAUCUCAUCGCGUGCGCACGUACUUGCCAGAAACUGUCUCUAGACGGUGUCGUGGUGGUUGGCGGUGUCGGCACUCAUGCUGAUUCUGCCCUACUCGCAGAGACGAUGGCAAAAAUGCAAGUCUCAACUAAAGUCAUUGGAGUGCCAGCGUCUGUUGAAAAUGACAUACCUCUGGUAGAACAGACCCUGGGUUACGACACUGCAUGUAAAGUGUUUUCUAAUAUCAUUGGCAAUAUUGCAACGCUUGCAGCGAGCGGAACUCGCGAGUGGUACUUUAUUCGUAUAUGUGGACGCUCAAUGAGCCAUAUUGCCGCUGAAUGCGCACUGCAUGCUCAUCCGAACUUGUUUUUGAUUUCUGAGGAAAUUCGAGCCCGGAAUAUGAGCUUGCGCGAUCUGAUCAACUUAGUAUGUGAUGUGAUUUUGAAGAGAUGUCAGCAAGGAAUGGACUACGGUGUGAUACGAUCGAUGCACGCACAAGAACAUAGGUUGUUGAUGAAUGCCUCUACUGGUGUGAAGCCAAGUACCAUGCUCCAUCGAAGUUUGUUUGAGACGCUGAGUCCGAGCGCUAGAGCCAUGUACGACUCUCUACCUGAUAGAAUCCAAUAUGGUAUAUGGCAACAAUACGUGGCAACGCCCCCUGGAAGCCAAUACGAACUGCCCCAUUUGGAAUCUGAACUGUUACUCAAGUCGCUGGUGGCAAUAGAGUUGCCCAGAAGACGAUUGUUGCCAUACUCACAGCUUGCAUAUCCAGGGUCGCAGCGCGAUGCCUUCUAA